UAAACCUAGUUGCUGAAACCACCCCUUCUCCCCCCCCACACACCCAGUACCCCUUUUCACUGUAGUCUGGCAGCUGUCCUAACUGCCUACUGAAGCCAAAUGCUUGAGGAGAGAGAAAGAAGCCAGCCAUGAAUCCCUUCCAGCAAAAUGAGUCCAAGGAAACUCUUUUUUCACCUGUCUCCACUGAAGAGACACCACCUCGACUCUCCAGCCCGGCAAAGAAGACACCUCCGAAAAUCUGUGGCUCCAACUAUCCACUGAGCAUUGCCUUCAUUGUGGUGAAUGAAUUCUGCGAGCGUUUUUCCUAUUAUGGCAUGAAAGCUGUGCUUACCCUGUAUUUCCUGUAUUUCCUGCACUGGAAUGAGGACACCUCCACAUCUGUCUACCAUGCCUUCAGCAGCCUCUGCUAUUUCACUCCCAUCCUGGGAGCAGCCAUUGCUGACUCAUGGCUGGGGAAAUUCAAAGUCCUAUCACUUGUCGGCCUAUGUCUAAUAGCACUGGGGACAGGAGGCAUCAAACCCUGCGUGGCAGCUUUUGGUGGAGACCAGUUUGAAGAAAAACAUGCUGAGGAACGGACUAGAUACUUCUCUGGCUUCUACCUCGCCAUCAAUGCAGGGAGCUUGAUUUCUACAUUUAUCACACCCAUGCUAAGAGGAGAUGUGCAGUGUUUUGGGGAAGACUGUUAUGCAUUGGCUUUUGGAGUUCCAGGAUUGCUCAUGGUAAUAGCACUUGUUGUGUUUGCAAUGGGAAGCAAAAUGUACAAAAAACCACCUCCUGAAGGAAACAUAGUGGCUCAAGUUGUCAAAUGCAUCUGGUUUGCUAUUUCCAACCGCUUCAAGAACCGUUCUGAGGACAUUCCAAAGCGACAGCACUGGUUGGACUGGGCAGCCGAGAAAUACCCAAAGCAGCUCAUUAUGGAUGUGAAGACACUGACCAGGGUACUGUUCCUUUAUAUCCCAUUGCCCAUGUUCUGGGCUCUUUUGGAUCAGCAGGGCUCACGAUGGACUUUGCAAGCCACUAAGAUGAAUGGGAACUUGGGAUUUUUUGUGCUUCAGCCGGACCAGAUGCAGGUACUAAACCCUCUCCUGGUUCUUAUCUUCAUCCCAUUAUUUGACCUUGUCAUUUAUCGUCUGAUCUCCAAGUGUGGCAUUAACUUCACAUCACUUAGAAAAAUGGCUGUUGGUAUGGUUCUAGCAUGCCUGGCAUUUGCAGCUGCAGCAACUGUAGAAAUAAAAAUAAAUGAAAUGGCCCCACCCCAGCCAGGAUCCCAAGAGAUUCUCCUACAAGUCUUGAACCUGGCAGAUGAUGAGGUGAAGCUGACAGUGCUGGGAAACAAUAAUAACUCUCUAUUGGCAGAUUCCAUCAAAUCCUUUCAGAAAACACCUCACUAUUCCAAAAUACACCUGAAUACAAAAAGCCAAGAUUUCUACUUCCACCUGAAAUAUCACAAUUUGUCUAUAUACACUGAACAUUCUGUAGAGGAGAGAAACUGGUACAGUCUGAUCAUCCGAGAGGAUGGGAAAAGUAUCUCCAGCAUAAUGGUAAAGGAUAUGGAAAAUGAAACAACCUAUGGGAUGACAGCUAUAAGGUUUAUUAACACUUUGCAAGAAAAUGUCAACAUCUCCCUGGGUACAGAUAUCUCCCUCAAUGUUGGUGAAAACUACGGGGUGUCUGCUUACAGAACUGUGCAAAGAGGAGAAUACCCUGCAGUGCAUUGUAAAACAGAAGAUAAAGACUUUUCUUUGAAUCUGGGUCUGCUAGACUUUGGUGCCUCGUACCUGUUUGUUAUAACUAAUAGCACCAAGCAGGGACUUCAGGCCUGGAAGAUGGAAGACAUUCCAGCCAACAAAGUUUCCAUUGCAUGGCAACUGCCACAGUAUGCCCUGGUAACAGCUGGGGAGGUCAUGUUCUCUGUCACAGGACUUGAAUUUUCUUAUUCACAGGCUCCCUCUAGCAUGAAAUCUGUACUCCAGGCAGCGUGGCUGUUGACAGUUGCAAUUGGGAACAUCAUCGUGCUUGUUGUGGCACAGUUCAGUGGUCUGGUACAGUGGGCUGAAUUUGUUUUGUUUUCCUGCCUCCUCCUGGUGGUCUGCCUGAUCUUCUCCAUCAUGGGCUACUACUAUAUUCCCAUAAAGUCAGAAGAUAUUCAGGGGCCAGAAGAUAAGCAGAUCCCCCAUAUGCAAGGGAACAUGAUCAACUUAGAGACCAAGAAGACAAAGCUCUGAUGACUCCCAGGACUCUGCCCUGACCCCAGUUCUCGACCCCGGUCUCAACCAUCACCAGUCUCCAAGCAUAUUUUUCUGCUAUUGGAUUAGGCAAGAAACAUAGCAUCAUUUCUGAGCUGAUCUUUCAUGUUUCUUCUAUGAUAGAGGUAUUUCCAGGACUAGAUUUUCCAGUACAAAUUUAUACAAGCAGGGGAUUCUGUUUGUCCAUCUAUUAGAGAACUCAGUAAACCUUGUGAAGUGUUGCUGGAGUUGGCCUGCUGUCUCCAUAUGGCCAUUAAAAUGCAAAUGUAUAAUGGAGCUCAACCUCUGCAGGUAUGUGAAGUUAUGGGUGAUUCCUUUACAGGCGCCUGCCAUUGAGAACUGACCCUGCUGUUGGAGGUACUGAUUUAGAGGCAAAAUUGCAGAGUAAUGGAGAAGCAGUAUUUCAGUUUCUUUUUUUUUAUCUAAUUUCUUUAUAAGCUAUUUAAUUGUGCUAUGCAUAAAGACCUCAAAAUGGUAUGUAUGGCAUGAUCUGGUCUAGAGGCCAACCUAUCAGCCAUCCAAGUUUGAUAAGACCUUAGAUGGUAGGAGUUAACAGAAUGACAUUUUAUUAAGCCAGAGGAAAUGAUAUAUAUUUGUGACUAUGACAGUAUCGUAUCUACUCCUCCAAACACUCAUUUCUCAGUGCCGAUAGAUCCUGGAAACCAGCUGAAAGAUCGCAAACAUAGUUCAGUGAAACAGGGACAGAUAAAAUUGUAGAAAUCCUGAUAAACCAUUCAUUCUCCUGUAGUGCACAUUCCUCUGAGGAACUCCUUUGUUUCAACCCUGUACUGGGUCUUUCUGUGGACAGCUGUAUACACUAGCUGUAAUUUUGCAACCUUGCCCUUUCACUAUAGCUUGUCAGCUUUUUCUUAUUGUAUAUUUCUCUUGCUUAUGGCAGCAAAUCUUUAAAAACUUGUUUGCCUAAGUCCAACUUCCUUUUUAAAUUAUUCCAUUUAACCUCAAAGUAGAGGUUUCAUUUAGAUAAAAUUUCCUUGUUUAAUUUCCCCAUAAUUUUAAAAUGCCAUUUCUUCCUUAGUCUUGGAAAUUCCCUGUUUAUUUUAAAAAGGUUAUAUUGUAGAUGUUGAGGCACAGUGAGUUAAGCUGCCUCUUAGGAUGCCUGCAUCCCUUAUUGGAGUGCCAGUUUGAGUCUGGCUCCUCCACUUCCCAUCCAGCUUCCUGUUAAUGUGCCUGGUGAAGCAGCAAAUAACAGCCCAAAUACUUGGUCCCCUGCUACCCACAUGGGAGAUCUGGUUGGAAUUCCUGGCUCCUGACUUUGGCCUGGCCCAGCCCUAUCUAUUGCAGCCAUUUGGGGAGUGAACCAGAAGAUAAAAGAUUUUUCUCUAACUCUCCUUCUCUCUCUGUCACUUUGUCUUCCAAGUAAAUAAAUAAAUCCUUUUUAAAGGUUAAUGUUCAAUUUUCAGGUUCUAAAAUAGUGAUACUCUGCAAGAGGGCAUGAUCUUGAAUGAGAAAUCCUGUCAAAAUCUGUUUGUGGGUGUGGCAGGGGGAGGGGAAGGUAGAGCAUGAGGGCUUUUUAUUUGUGUAUGUGGUCAUGAAGAAAAGUUGAAAAACAUUGCCUUGCACAAAAUGAAUGAAUCGGAAGACAGACUUGGGCAUAUCAUGACUGUGCAGUGUGUUGCUGGGGGGAAGAGUUCUGUACCACCGUAGACAGUCUUACUUCUGUUGAUUUUACUCCGUUCUCAUCUAGGACAGUGUUGGGUCUCACAUUGUUAAUAUAACAAGAGAAUUGGCUCUUGCUCCCCAGCCUUUGUACACUUUAGCUUUAAUCACCAACGUGUCAGAAGUUCAGAGAUGGCAGAAACACCCAAGUUUCCCCAGACAUCUUCAUGUGAACCAGACCCUACUUCUUUAGAACAAAGCCUGUUUACUUUUAAGCAGAUCUAACCCAAGCUGUUCUAUGAAUAUUGUUUUCAAGAUUUGUUAACACUGUUCUGCAAAUAAAACUAUCUAUGGGCAAAUAAGUUUGGAAAAUGAA